UCGUUCCCUUUUCUCUCGCACAGCUCAUAGGAAAGCUCUCGAGAAUCGGGGAGAAUUUCCACUCCUAAUUCUCGGAAGCAUCAUCUAGAUUACUCUUAAUUUCGAUCGGUUAUUUCGCAUCAAGCGCAGUCGAGCAAGGUAUUGGUGUUUUUUCUUGUUGAUUUUGGGAUUUCGAGAUUUCGAGAUGGAUUUGUGAGUGAUUCUUUCGAAAUGGAGACCUGGCGGUCAGCCGGAUUUGGUGGUUCCAUCCUAUGAGACGCCGGCCGUUAGUGAUUGCCCCGUCGGAGCAUAUGGAGCGAGGAGCCGGGAAGAAUCAGAACUCUCGGCUUUGUUUUCUUGUGUUAUUGUCGGCGUUCUUCUGGAUCCUAUUGUUGUACUUCCAUUUUGCGGUGCUUGGAGGUCAAUCUGAUGAUGAAUCAAUCAAAUUAAACCCCCAAGAUGGACCUGUAGACUUGCCUGUAGUCCGGAAAUUUGCCCCUUCACGGGUCGUAGAUGCACCGAAAGUCGAUGUGAGAUCAAUCCGCGAGCCUCCUCAGCCUCCUCAGCCUGUGGACCGGCAGCCUAAAUCCACCGCCGAACCUGAGAUUCAGAAAUUUUCGUUUGUUAAGGCAUUGAAAACUGUUGAAAACAAGAGCGAUCCAUGCGGUGGGAGGUAUAUAUUUGUUCACGACCUUCCUUCUAGGUUUAAUGAGGAUAUGCUGAGGGAGUGUAAGAGUCUAAGCCUUUGGACAAAUAUGUGUAAGUUCACAACCAACGCUGGGCUUGGUCCACCACUUGAAAAUGUGGAAGGAGUGUUCUCUGAUACAGGGUGGUAUGCCACAAAUCAGUUUGCCGUCGAUGUGGUUUUCAGUAAUCGAAUGAAGCAAUAUGAUUGUUUGACUAAGGAUUCUUCCAUUGCUGCUGCCUUUUUUGUGCCAUUUUAUGCUGGAUUCGAUAUUGCGAGAUACCUUUGGGGAUAUAAUAUAUCCACUAGAGACAGAGCUUCACUUGAUUUGGUCAACUGGCUCGAAAAAAGACCCGAAUGGGGCAUAAUGGGCGGUCGAGAUCACUUCCUUGUUGCAGGUAGGAUAACGUGGGAUUUCAGAAGGCUCUCCGAGGAAGAAACGGAUUGGGGAAAUAAGCUUCUGUUUUUACCUGCGGCUAAGAACAUGUCGAUGCUUGUUGUUGAAUCAAGUCCAUGGAAUGCCAAUGAUUUUGGUAUUCCAUACCCAACAUAUUUCCAUCCUGCAAAGGAUGCUGAUGUGUUUAAUUGGCAGGAUCGGAUGAGAAAACUUGAACGGAAAUGGAUGUUUUCGUUCGCAGGUGCUCCACGCCCCGACAAUCCCAAGUCAAUAAGAGGGCAGAUUAUUGAUCAAUGUAAGAAAUCUAAGGUCUGCAAGCUGCUCGAAUGUGAUUUUGGGGAGAGCAAGUGUCAUUCUCCGAGCAGUAUAAUGCAGAUGUUUCAGAGCUCCGUUUUCUGCCUGCAACCUCAAGGCGACUCGUAUACCAGAAGAUCAGCUUUCGAUGCUAUGUUAGCCGGUUGCAUACCCGUCUUCUUCCAUCCAGGGUCAGCAUACACCCAAUAUACUUGGCAUCUCCCCAAGAACUUCACAAGAUAUUCUGUAUUCAUCCCAGAGGACGAUAUCCGCAAGAGAAACGUUAGCAUAGAAGAAAGGCUUGCUCAAAUUUCUCCUGAGCAGUUGAAGCUAAUGCAGGAGGAGGUAAUCAAUCUGAUUCCAAGAUUGGUAUAUGCUGAUCCGCGCUCCAAGUUGGAAACUUUGAAGGAUGCUUUCGAUGUCUCGGUGCAAGCUAUUAUCGACAAGGUUACGAAGUUGAGGAAGGAUAUCAUUGAAGGACACACCGACGAUAAUUUCAUCGAGGAAAAUAGUUGGAAAUAUGCGUUACUGGAAGAUGGGCAGCGGGAAGUCGGACCUCAUGAAUGGGAUCCUUUCUUCUCCAAACCGAAGGACGGGGAUUCCAACGAUGCAUCGGCAGAAGCUGCAAAAAAGUCAUGGAAAAAUGAGCAGAGAGACAAAUCGUGAAAUUCAUCGGCUGCAGUUCAUUGGUGAUUCCUAAUGAUUUCCACAGAUAAGCUCAAUAGAAGCGUAACGAAGAGCUUCCAGCAUCGAACCCGGGACGUUUUAUAGAUUGAAAGCUCAAUCAUCAUCCAGCCGAAGGGCUGUCCUUCAAAAACAAAGCACAGUAGAUCUCUAUCCUUUGCUUAAUUAUAGUUUUUUUUUUUAUACAGAAAUCAUAGUUCUUUACAUGCCCUUUCCCAGUAAUUCUUUGUAUUGAGAGUUCUCAUUUUAUUGGCCAGAUUUUUCCUUCUCCAAACAGUGCACAAAUCAAAUGAUUUAGAUUUUAGUGUCGUGAAUGCUUCACUUUUUGAAGUGGGCAUUGAUACUCAUCUUAGCAGAAUGAUACCAGAAUUGAGCCAUGAUUGUUUGAAUUUUUUCCCCUUCAGAGAGAUGUGUAUUGCCUCCACCGUCAAAAUAAUAGCCUGUAUUGCACUGCUGGAGUAUUGAUUAAAUCUUCGCUUGUCUUGA